UCUAAAUCACAAUGGAUGCUGAGUAUGUCCUAUGCAAUUGGAAAGACCAGUUAUGGCCAGCAAAAGUUUUGUCCAGAUCUGAGACUUUAUCAAACAGUAAGAGAAAAAAGACAUUUUCUCUAGAAGUUCAAAUACUCUCACUAGAUGAAAAAAUUAAAGUGGAAAGCACGGAAACAAAGAUCCUAAAUAAAUUUCAAAUUGAAGCCAUUGCCUCCUCACUAGCAGCACAGUCAGAGGGUGGUGGUCUACCUAGAGAGGAAACAGCCUAUGCAAGAUCACUAAAAGUGGCACUUGAUAUUCUGAAUGAGAGAACAAAUUUGAAUCAAGCAAGCAGUUCGGAUGAAGAAGAGACCACUUCACUGUCUCAAAAUGUACCACAAAAGCUUUCUGAUUCACCCCCUCGUAAAAAGUAUCGGGAGAACGAAGGAAACAUAUCAAAGUGUCUUGAAAAAAGUGAAAAUCCAACAUCCCUGUCAGUAUCUUCAGAGAGUGAUGGUUCCCUGUAUGAUGAUAAAUCACAGGUGCAUACAACCAUCAAUACUAUUUCAAGUGAAAUGGAAACAAAGUCAUCACAAAACUUCAGCUGGUACCAAAUUUUUCCUUCACUUUCAGAAGAAGAUGAAAAGGAGAGCAAGGAAAAGAUUGACGUGUCAACAGUUAUGCUUUUGCAUUCCGUGGUCAAAGAGGAGGAUGAAUGUGUUAAAGAUGAGAAAUUCACUCCAAUUUGGUCGUCAGAUUUCUUCAUUGUGCCCAAAGCUGUGAAAGAGGAGCCAGAGGACAUCUGCCCAGAGACCCUGGCUAUUUCCUCUGAACACUCUACUUUCUCAGAGAAUAUUGAAGAUCCUGGAGAGGGUCCCUCGAAUCCAUGCUCAGAUACUAGCCAGAAUCAACCCUCCACAGAAUCAGAGACCGAUGCUUCAGCAUUCUCCAGGUGUCGUUCAUGGGAAUCUCAGGUUUCAUUUAGUGCCUCUAACCGCAUCCUGGAUUAUUCACACCUUGUGAAUAAUGAAAGAAAUCUUCAGAGACUGGAUUUUGAGGAGCUUGGGGAAGAACUUCAAGCUUCUGACAAGUCAGUGCAUCUAAAUUCUGUUGAUGCUUCUGUAUUAGAUGAUGAUGAGGAAGAUGAAGAACUUCCACGCAUAGUUUUUCAUUAUGAGCCGCAUUCAUUUGAAAUAGGAAUGAUAGUCUGGUUUAAAUAUCAAAAAUAUCCAUUUUGGCCAGCAGUGGUUAAAAACAUCAGGCGAAAAGACAAAAAAGCAAGUGUGCUUUUUGUUGAGUCAAGCAUGAAUCCUGAAAAGAGAGGCAUUAGAGUGUCUUUUAGAAGAUUAAAGAAAUUUGAUUGUAAAGAGAAACAAGAACUAGUAGAUAAAGCCAGGGAAGAUUACAAAGAAAGUAUUGACUGGUGCAUCUCACUGAUUUGUGACUACAGAGUUAGAUUAGGUUGUGGUUCUUUUGCAGGCUCUUUCUUUGAGUAUUAUGCUGCUGACAUCAGUUAUCCAAUUCGGAAAACGAUUAGACAGGAUACCUUCAGGGACUUAUUUCCAAAACUGCAUAAUGAAGAUUCUAGGGAACCAAUGGCCAUGACUUCCAAGACCAAGAAAAUGUCCUUCCAGAAAAUUCUCCCUGACCGAAUGAAAACUGUCCGGGACCGAGCCAAUAGGAACCUGGUGGACUUUAUUGUGAAUGAAAAAGGAACCGAGAACCAUCUUCUUGCCAUUUUAAAGGGCACAAAAAAGUCCAGGUGGCUGAAAUCAUUUUUGAACGCAAAGGAGUUCACUCCCUGUAUUGAAACAUACUUAGAGGAUGAAGAUCAGUUGGAUGAGGUGGUGAAAUAUUUACAAGGAAUUUACAGUCAAAUAGACGAAAGAAUGCUGGCUCUGAUAAGAAAUGAUAAAGUUAAAUUUAUCCUGGAAGUUCUUCUGCCAGAAGCAAUCAUUUGUUCAAUUUCUGGUGUUGAUGGAUUAGAUUACGAGGCAGCUGAAGAAAAGUAUCUAAAAGGACCAUCUCUAGGA